AUGCCCACGAGGGUCAACGAGAUGGACACCCCAGCGCACCCGGUCAACAAGGUGGUUACGGGUGCCGGUGGCAAGGUCCUUGCCGAGCACUACAAGUCAAGUGGUGAUGAGGCUGCCGACACUCUUGCGUUCCUCCACCUCCUUGGCCAGCUGAAGGCAAGUUGA